UAUUUGAGUGUAAAAUGACACAUUAAUAAAGUAGAAAAUUCGUGUGUUCCGGCCCCACCAAAGUAGGGCUCAAGUUAGUUGGGGGGGGGGGGGGUAGGGGGUAAGUCAUAUGAGAUUUUAGGAUAUCAAAAUAAUUUGUUAAAGCAUUGCCAUUUGCCAACACGGCUUAUUUGUUAUCUUUUUCUUAUUUCUUGUUCAUUUUCUCAAGUUUUUGGUGCUCCGUUUGACCAACCCUUGGAGAGGAAUGAAGGAGCCGGAGAUCAAAUUGUUUGGCCGCAAGAUCGUCUUACCGGACAAAGGCGGAGCUGUCGCCGCCGGCGAGUUUUCCGGCCGGAGCAGCUGCGUAAGCGACGGCGACGACCGCUGCUUGGAAGCCAGUGGAGAAAAAGGAGAGGCUCAUCAUGAAAUCCAACUUCAUGCUCUCGAGGAGCAUCAAGAAGCAGAAGAGUGCGAAAGCAGGGAUGAGAAUGCAGAGGAGCCACGGAAUCCGGCGGCGGAGUCGUCGGAGAUGGACGAGAACGGGCAGCAAAAGGCGGCGCUGAAGAAGCCGGACAAGAUCCUGCCGUGCCCCCGUUGCAACAGCGCCGACACCAAGUUCUGCUACUACAACAACUACAACAUCAAGCAGCCCCGCCAUUUUUGCAAGAGCUGCCAGAGGUACUGGACCGCCGGCGGCACCAUGAGGAACGUCCCCGUGGGGGCCGGCCGCCGGAAGAACAAGAACUGCCGCCACAUCUCCGCCGCCGAGGCCGAUCUGGGCUGCGCUUUCGGGCUGUCGUUCGGCCCCGAUCACGAGCCCAUCAAGAGAUCAGACGAGCCCAUCAAGAAUGGCGGGCCGCCGCCGCCGCCGCCGCCGCAACUCGUGAUGCCGUUCCCUAUGAUCCCUUGGAAUCCGGCAAUUUGCCCGAUGCCGAUGCCGGUGUAUCCGGCGCCGUAUUGGCCUAAUAAUGGGUGGAGCGUGCCGUGGGUGGGGCCGGCGCUAGGUAAGCAUUCAAGAAGUGGCGAUGAAGUGGAUAAGGGAAGGCCGAUCUUGGUCCCAAAAACGCUGAGGAUCGAUGAUCCAGAGGAAGCCGCCAAGAGCUCGAUAUGGGAAACGCUUGGGAUCAAGUAUGAUUCGGUUAGUAGGGAAGGGUUGUUCAAGGCGUUGCAGCCCAAGCCCGGUCGGGAAAAGAUUAGCAUCUCCGCCGCCUCGGCGCUGCAAGCCAAUCCCGCCGCUUUCUCGCGCUCCAUUAGCUUCCAAGAGGGCGUCUGACGCCGGCCGCCGUCGCAAAUGGAGUUUAGCUCACCUUUUUCUUGUAACGUUGGUGUGGUGUGAAUUUAUGUACAAAAAUUUUGUAGAGAGAUACUGACACAGGGGAGAGUGAGAUCUUCUUUAAAUGUUUAGAUGCACAAAAACUUUGGGAAUAACUAAUUUUUAAUUCUCA